UUUGAUUCGCCUAACAAUUGGCCUCAGAAAGAGUUAUUAUCUUCUAAAUCAUCAUCAUCUGCGUCCUCGUCCUCUUCAUCUAAUUCUGAACUAAUCUUCCCUGAAUCAUCCGUCCUGAAAGAAUCAAUUAAAUCUGAUUCUUCUGCUACAACAUCUUCAGAUAGUAAGGAAACAGUAAAUCUCUCACAACAAUGGCCUAAAAAGGUGUUAGCGUCUUCUAGAUCGUCGUCGGCUGCGUCCGCAUCAUCUAAGUUAGAAGCUGAAGUUGAUAGUCAGUUUGGAAAAGCAUUGGAAGCCUCAUCAUUUGGAUCAGGUGCAUCUUCAGCCGGAGUAUUGAGUUACGAUCAACGACAAGAGUUCGCAAUUCAAGCAUUAGCUCAGAUGUUACAAAAAGAACAAUCAAAUCAAUGGAGUAAACCAAAUAACGAGCAACAAUCAACUAUUUAUUCAGCGUCUUCUGCUACAACAUCUUCAGAUAGUAAGGAAACAGUAAAUCUCUCACAACAAUGGCCUGAGAAGGAAUUAUUAUCAACUAGAUCAUCGUCGGCUGCGUCUACAUCCUCUUUGUCAGAAGCACAAGAUGACACUCAGUAUGGAAAAGCAUUCAAAGAUUCAUCCGCAUCAUCAGCUUCAGUUGAUUCUUCAGCUAAGACAUCGAAUUACGAUCAGCAACAAGAACUUGCAGCUCAAGAAUUAACUCAAAAUUUACAAAAAGAACAAUCAGCUAUUUACUCGGCUUCUUCUGCUUCAGCGUCUUCUAAAUCAGAAUCGGAUGUAAUUUUUGAUUCACCUACCAAUUGGCCACAGAAAGAAUCAUCAUCUUCUAAAUCGACGUCAUCUGCAUCCUCUUCAUCAAGUUCUGAAUUAAUCUUACCCAAAUCUUUAGUCGUGCAAGAAUCCGUUAAGACGGCUUCUUCUGCUGCAGCCUCUUCAGAUACAAAAGAAACUGUAAAUCUCUCACAACAAUGGCCUGAGAAGGAAUUAUUAUCGACUAGAUCAUCGUCAUCUGCGUCCGCAUCCGCUUCUUCAGAAGCUGAGAUAGAUACUCCAUUUGGAAAAGUAUUGAAAGACUCUUCCUCAUCAUCGGCAUCAGCUGAAUCUUCAGUUGGAGUAUUGAACUACGACCAACAAGAACUUGCAGCUCGAGCAUUAGCUCAGAAUUUACAAAAAGAACAAUCAAACCAAUGGAAUAAACCAAAUACCGACCAACAAUCCGCGAUAUAUUCGUCCUCUUCUGCAUCAGCAUCUUCGACAUCAGAAUCAGGUGUAACUUUUGAUUCACCAACCAAUUGGCCUCAAAAAGAGUUAAUAUCUUCUAAAUCGUCGUCAUCUGCAUCCGCAUCCGCUUCUUUAGAAGCUGAGAUGGAUACUCCAUUUGGAAAAGUAUUAAAAGACUCAUCUUCAUCAUCGGCAUCAGCUGCAGCUUCAGUUGGAGUAUUGAGUUACGACCAACAACAAGAACUCGCGGCUCAAGCAUUAGCUCAGAAUUUCCAAAAUAAAAUGUCCAACCAAAAUGGAAUGGGGAAUAUACCCAAUAAUCAGCAGCCAUUUACUAGUUAUUCUUCGGCAUCUUCUGCAUCAGCAUCCGCGAAAUCAGAAUCAGAUGUAACUUUUGAUUCGCCUAACAAUUGGCCUCAGAAAGAGUUAUUAUCUUCUAAAGCGUCGUCGUCAGCAGCCGCAUCCUCUUCGUCUAAAGCUGAAUCACAAUUUCCGUUUUGGAGAGAAUCAGUUUCAUUACCUGAAUCAGCUGAGAGAUUGAGCACUAAUCAAGCACAAUUUCUCGCUGCUCUUGAAUACUCCGAACUUUUGAAAAAAGCGCAAUCAACUGCAUCUUCUAGUGCAGAAGUUGGAUUGACACCAUUAAUCUUUGCUCAAAAAGACGCAUCAGCAUCGUCGUCUUCUGCUGUACUACUUGAUAAAUUCGAUAUAAAUCAACAACAAACACCUUCUUCUGCAAUAUCAUCAUCUCAAGAUUCGCCGUCUUCAGCUGCAUCUCACUCAGAAUCACUUCAAAGUCCAUUAACUUUGAGUCAAAUCUUAAAAGGACAGUUCGCAUCUUCAGGGGAAUCACAAUCGACUAAUAACCAACGAAAACAAUUGGAAACAUUUGGACAAAGUCCAUUCAAUCCCUCUCGAUCAGCUUCAUCUCCAAAGGUAAAUGUUCAAGGUAACCAGGAUGAUUCCUCGUCUCAAGCAGCUCAACGAAGAUCACAGGAUCAAAAACAAGUGAAUUUAUCUCAAUCAGAAUCAACAAGUUCGAGCUCAUCCUCAUCCUCGUCUUCAUCUCAAAUCCAAUCAGUUCUAACUGCAGAUCAACCUCAAGCAAUUGAAUCAUCAAAAUCAAAAAUAAAUAGCAAACAAUCAGAACAAGAUGAAACUUUAGCACUUGAAAAGAAAUUAAAUAAUCAACAAUUAGAAAGUUCAUCAUCAGCUGAGGCUAAAUAUCGAAUCAAAUCAGCGCAUGAAGGUCAAGCCACGACUCACCAUCGAACCAGUCAAUCCUUGAUGAAUCUACUAAAUGCUUUACGAAAUCAAUUAAAAGUAACCAAUCAACAAUUAACUGGCGAUCAAACAGAAGACUUGAUAAUUUUACAAUUAAGACGAGAAAUAUCACAAUCGAGCACAAUUGAACAGCUACAAAGAAUAUACAGAAUAAUGAUUAUUCAGCCACCAGAAAUUCAACAAGCAAUUAAAUUACAAAUGAUUUUGAAAGCGGUUCAAUUACAACAAUCGCACAAUGAACAAUCAACAGCCGAGGAAAUUGAUUCAGUUCAAAGGCUAAUUCUAAGUCUCAUCGAACAUGAUGAAUUCAUGGAACAUGGAACUGGACUUUUGGAAGAGAUCACAUCAGGAGUGGAAAGUGUGGUCAGUGAUAUUAUCGGAUGAUAAUCGAUAAUAACAAUUAACUCUAAUUGGAAAACUCCAAUGGUCAACCUAUUGAAAGAAAAAGAGAAAAAAAAUUCCCGAACAAUUUAAAAUACAAAAUUGAAACGAAACAAUCAAAUUAUAUUAAUCAUAUUCUAACCAUAUAAUGGAAACAUAAAUAAACAUUAAAAAUCUGAUUAAAUGUUGAUUCCAAAUUCAUGGUGAUUAAAGUUAAUCGUUGAACAAUUAAGAUUGGAAAUAAUAAAAAACAUUCAAUUUUAAUGUUAAUCAAUGUUAAUUUGAUUUAGGAACUGGUUGUUAAUAACAUUCAGACUCAUUUAAUUUAGUCCCGCUGGGAAAUUGUAAGUUUGAUUGAAAAUAAUUCUGUUUGUUAAUUGUUAUGAUUUAAGCCCAACAGUCAAAAGGCUGGAUUGUUGUUAAUUGUUGAUAAUAAACGAAUAAUUUUUUUCUCUCUUUGUUAA